AAUUCUCAACCUCUCUCUCUCUCUCUCUCUCUCUCUCCUCGACUUCUCGAUCGCAAGCGUUCAUGGAUUCCUGCAGCAAGUCAGCCCGCGAGUCGUCUUCCCCCUUCGACUCCCUCGUUUUCGACUUGGACGACACCCUGUACUCUUCCAAGACCGGAAUCGGCGAAGCUCUCAAGAAGAACAUCGACGAUUUCCUCGUGGAGAGAUGCGGAUUCGCGCCGGACAAGGCCUCGAGCCUCCGGGUCGAGCUCUUCAAAACUUACGGCAGCUCUCUCGCCGGCUUGCGAGCAUUGGGCUACGACGUCGACGCCGAUGAUUACCACAGUGUCGUGCACGGAAGAUUGCCGUACCACUUGAUCAAGCCUGACUCGCAGCUGCGCAAUCUCUUACGCAGCAUCCCUCAAAGGAAAAUCAUUUUCACGAAUUCGGACAGGAUACACGCGAUGAAGGCGUUGAAGAGGCUGGGACUAGAGGACUGCUUCGACCAGAUCGUGUGCUUUGAGACGAUGAACCCCGACCUCUCCCGGUCCGCUCGCCCCGACGAGUUCCCGGUGGUCCUGAAGCCAUCGCCGGAGGCCAUGAGGAUCACGCUUCGCGAGACCAGCGUCGACCCUUGUCGCACGCUGUUUCUUGACGACAAUGUCCGGAACAUUGCUGCGGGCAAAGCUGUGGGACUUCGUACCGUUCUGGUUGGGAAAACAGUGAAGACCAAGGAAGCCGACUACACGCUGGACGCCGUGAACAACCUGCCGAAAGCCGUCCCAGAAAUUUGGGUCGACCCCAACGACGACGGCGAUCAGAUCAUCAUCAGCAGCACCCGGAACGAGAUCGACUCCAUCCUCACGCCGGUUGGAGCAUGAGCCGUCCGCACCAACGCCUCGCCUUGCCUCGCCACCCCGCCCCCAUUCCCUCCAUGUUGUACAAAACCACGCAAUGUUCCCUCAAAAUGUGAAUACGUCAAUGUCAAUUAUGUAAAAGGAGAAGCAAAUGAAAAAAAGAAGUUAUCAUGUCCACGUCAGUCAAUAAUGCAACACGAACAUUAGCGAUGUCGUGAUGUUCGUGGUGUGGGUACGAAGGUUCGGCUUACUCUAACGUCGGACCAAUUCGAAAAGUUUCGGGUUGGCCUGUGAUUGCGUCUUUGAGCAACAACACAUUAAUCAAAUCGAAGGUUUGUUAUUCC